CACACAGGAAUAUUUAUCGUAGCGACGAUUACAACAUAUCUAACCAUCCCGGUACAGUACAAAGAACAAUGGAUUAUCUUUAUACGCCAAUGCCAUCGAAGUCUUACCAGAAUGUCUCAAGCAAAGAGGGGCGGGAUGGAGAGAAGAAACCAUCACCAUCGAAACAGUUCCUUACUAUCCCAAAUAAAGGGAGCCAAGACGGAGAGAAAAAAUACAGAGAAACACAUAGCAUUUAUGAUUGGUACCAUCCCGAUCAAACGGAGGACUCAGCCAAACGUUUUCUUGAAGAGUAUCCAUAUGAACCAUUGGACCAAUCCGCCCUUUUCUUAGUGCACCCGUACGGAGAAGAGAUAUAUAAAGAUGAUGUUAAAUACGUCAUUUCCUGCAAAUGGAGAAUGAAAAUUUAUCAGUAUCGGGUUCGAUACAAAAAGGAGGAAGGUGUGUACACAGUCCGUAGCGGUAAGGCCAGCAGUCUUUUGGAUUUGGUGGAGCAGUAUCGUCUAACCGCUGUAGGGAUGGAUGGUAUUAAGUCUAUCUACAGCAAAGACUCCGCCCUUUCUCAUCUGUUGUACCCAAUAGCCUGGCCCAAGAAGUACAAAGAUCGAUGCUACCAUGGUUUACUUGGGCGAGAAGAAGCAGAGGGCACUCUUCGAGAGAGUUUUAAAAAACGAGACAAUUGUAGUCCCUUUCUUGUAAGGGACAGCUUUUCAGAACCUGGAAGAUUGGUCAUAUCAGGAAUGUUUGUCAAAAAGUCGGAUAAAUCCGAGAAAUUUCGUCAUGUUGAAAUUGGAUUGGAGGAUAAGAUGUUUAUGGCAUUGGAUUGCAGGGAGUCUAGUCUAUCUGCGUUGGCCAAGAGCAUUGAGGAAAAGUCCAGAAAUUAUAGUGACUUGCUGGAACUAAAGGCAAUCGCUCGAGAAGGAUACCAUGGUGUAGAUAUCGAAGUUUUAGAAAACUUUCUUCCACCAUCCAUAAAAAAGAUGGACGAAUCGGCCAUCAAUGCCUAUCGUGAGGCCCUUGAGGAGGGAUCAGAAAAUUACAACCACGUGCGCGUCAUGGUAGUUGGCUACCACGGGGCGGGAAAAUCCAGUCUUACAAAACGUCUGCUGAGAGAAAAAGUAGAGGACGUCCGGAGCACUGAUGGAGUAGAGAUUUUCACCAAGAGGGGGCGCUUUCAACUUAGUGAUCAUGCCUGGAUCAAAUACGAUGGCAAACAAGAAAAUGAAAACGAAACACUCGAAAGAAUAGCAAGAUAUUUGACACAGAGAUUCCCUAAAGGAGUUCCAACCUAUUUAUCACUGGAAGAUGAUUAUUACGAAAGCCCAAAAAUGGAACCGACACAAGCCAUCGAGGAACCAACCCCAGAUAUACAUAUACCCCCUGAAUCUCCAAGACCACGUUCAAAUUAUCACACAAAACCAUGGCAAGAACCAGAAAAUUUCAAUGUGGCAAUUUCUCCAGCAAAACACUAUGCUACUCCUCAAAAUGCAUCUACGUUACCUUAUGCAAGCUUGGGAUUUAAACAAAACAGAAUAUCGUCCCCAAUGUCUCCACAGCUCAUCAAAAGACCCCCACCGCCUCAACGACAAACCAAAAGACCUGAAUCGUCGGCUUAUAAAUCUCAUAGUCCAACCAAUGCUAGGAAGCCACAGUCUCGACCACAUUUCAAGGAUCCAAUAAAGAUUAAAUGUAACUCACCCCCAUCUACUGACAGCGAAUCGGAGGACGAGAGCGGAGGCAACAGAGCACAAGAAUAUGGAAAUCAUUUUACCACAGUAAUUUCCGAUCUAAAAAAGAAAUUUGUCACGUCUAAUAAAGGGUCAGCUCCUUCGAUGAAAAAGAGUUGUUCUAUGGGCGAAACAGAAUAUGACGAUUUCCAAAAGGGGAGUGAUUAUUGCAUAGAGGAUGCACGCGAUAAACCUCAGCUGGAAAGGGAAAUUUCGUUCAAUGAUAGUCAAGGAAAACAAGCAAUGAAGGAUGAUCUGGAAGAGUUGCUUCAAAUGUCCUCAAAGUUUCUACAAAAUGAGAUGGGUUCCAUUACAUUUUGGGACUUUGCUGGCCAGACGGUGUUUCAAACUACCCACCAAGCAUUCAUGUCGUCCAAGGCCGUUUACCUUUUGGUGACCGAUGUCUCACGACCAAUGAAUGAUAGUAUUGGAGACGAUGACGACGACGAAUGCCAAUGUGGAUCUGACCAUCAAAAGUCGGUGAAAGAUUUCCUGAAGUUUUGGUUUAACACAAUUCAUACAUAUUCCUCCGAAUCGCAAAAAGGUUCUCCAAAGAUCCUAGUUGUGUCCACACACAAGGAUAAAGUUCAGAAUGGUGACAAAGAAAUUGAAGAACACUUCAGAGAUAUUAAAAGGGUAGCAAAAAAGAAAAUGCUUUUACCCCAUCUAGUACCAGAAAUGUUUUGCGUGGACUGUAAUGAUAAAGAUGAAGAUGUUUUCGACAAAAUACGAUCCAAAAUUCUUGAAAUAGCAAAGGAAGAAAGCAUUUUCCCACAGAGCAUUCCAACAAGUUAUAUCUAUCUAGAACGGAAAAUCAUAGAUAUGCGAAAUAAAGGGAAAAAGGUGCUGAGUUUUUCGGAAGUGAAGAAGUUAAACAAGUUUUGUGCGUUGCAUUUAAAGGAUGAAAAGGAGAUCAAGAUUUUCUUACAGUUUCAUCAUGCUAUUGGCAACAUAUUGUACUAUGAUGAAAAGGGUUUGGAUGAUAUCAUUGUCCUUAACCCUCAGUGGUUGGUAGAUGCUUUUAAAUGUCUGAUCACGACCGAGAAGUUUCUCGAUUCAACGACACACCAAGCGGACUUUUUACUGGAAGAAAUGAAGAAAACUGGAUAUCUUAGCAUGGAAAACAUUGAAGCAUUGUGGAGUGAUCGGGAAGAUUCUUCUUACUUGGAAAAUAAGGAGCACAUAAUAAAAAUUUUGGAGAGAAUGGAUAUAAUCGCCAAACCUACGCGAUUUGAGCAAAACGGAGAAUCGUCUCAUGAAAUGUCAACGUUUCUUGUUCCUUGCAUGAUGAAUGUGGAUUCUUCCAACGUAAGAAACAAAUGGUUGCAGUCGAAGAAUGCCAAUAAGAUAGCAGUACCAGCUUUAGGGUUCUACUUUAAAGACGAGUUUAUGCCCCCGGCUGUAUUUUAUCGUCUGCUGGCGGCUUGCAUGGCAAAAUUUCCCGCGGUCGAACAGAACGAUGUUCCACAAGUGUUUGCCAACACUGCAGUCUUCCGAUUAGAUAAAUAUAACUUUCUUCUGCUUGUCCAUGAAGAUUUUCUCAUUCGUGCCUGGGUGUUGUCAUUUUCAAACACCGCGGAGCAAUCCUCAAUUCGGUAUACAAUCAGAAAGUUUUUGGAAGAAAGUCUGACGAUAAUACUGGAAAUAUAUGCUAGCUGCACAGCAUGCCCGGAUCACAAACUCACCAAAAGGUGUUCAGUCUGUCGGAAAUGCAACGUCAACUUUCCAUUUCGAGUAGUUUUGCAAUGUAGCAACUGUCUCUCGCAGGAGACAGCUUUCAAAGGACUGCACUUUUGGGGAGACUUGGAAUCCAACGAAAGUGUCGUCUGCGCCGAUCACGACGAGAUCCAUGUUAUUGAAUCCACAGACAUGUUGAAAUACUGGCAGUGCCCCAAGGUAGAACACUCGGAUAAUUUAUCGUUGUCUGUAAGAGCAUCAAGAUCUUCUCUAGAGUCUCCCAUUUCGAAGCCAUACAAAACCUUGGGCCGCCUUGCCAGAAGAGUUUCGGGGUAUUGGCAAAAUAUAGCUUAUCACCUGGAACUUGGCGAUAAUUUUGUAGAGACCACCAAGCAGAAUUUUCCACACUUGGCUUCAGAUUGCUGCUUCCACACUUUGAAGACUUGGUAUGAUAAGUCUGCCGAAAAGGAACGUACUCUUCAAACAUUGGAGGGUGUCUUUACGAAUAUUGACAUCGACCGAGAAACUUUGCAGAUGUUAGACACAGCUGAUAUAGAGUGGCAAGAAAACAAGUAUCUAGAGAAGGAAGUCUCGGAACGAGGCAUCGAUAUUAUCUGUAACAAGCUAGGCAAGAAAAGCUACCAGCUUGCCAUAGAGCUAGGCUUGCUUCCCGAGGAAAUUGAACAGACUCAGAUGGAUUUCCGGUUGUCAAUUGAGAGAAGUCGAGAGUAUAUCAAAAAAUGGCGUCAAAGAGAGAAGAAUAAUGCAACAUACAAAGUCUUGCUCCAGGCCUUAGCGACAGUUGAAGUAGAUAGUUACAGAGAAAUACUCUUAUCAAUAUACUAAAUUGUGUUCAUACAAUGUAUACACAAGAACAGUGUCAGUAUUAGUGCAAGAAUUUUAUUUUUAAUUUAUUUUCAUUAUAUUGCCAACACACACGUAAUUAUUUAACAUAUUUAGAUUUUUGGGGUGCAUCUUGGCUUCAUUUACGAGGACUAAUAUAGUACAGCAGAUUAUACAGACAAAAAAAAACC